GUUGCUGGCCGCCGGACGAUAGUUAUACACUCCGGAUCCUGCCACCUUGUGUACAACUUGAUGUUCGACAGGAUGGAACUUAUCUGGCUUUCUCCUCCUGCAUAGACGUCCAUACUUAUUGUUUUACGGACUGGUUGUUUGACAUUUUAAUUUCAUUCCCAGUGUUCGAAUCUGUGUCUCGUCGAUAUAUACGGAUUGAGGUUUCAACCGGAACUAAGCGCUACCACCUAUAUAGAUGCUGGUACGGCGUCAAUUGCUUCUCAUUGUGCUAGAGAUCUGGUAGGUUUCUUGCCGGCUUGACCGUUUGGCGAGACUCUUAUGGCCUGAUCCAAGGAUCUGAAGGUGGGAAGGAGAAUAUAUAUAGAUAUAUACACUGCCGGGUACAGCCCUGGGCCGCGCGUGCCACGGAUUGCGUCAAUCUCUCUACCUGUUUGUGCGAAAAACGUUCCGCCUUUGCCAGUGCUAUCAUCAAUUCCAGCGUGUUUUCAACCACGAUUGGAUUCGGACUGUUUGUUUGUUCGAGUUACACGGUGUGCUAAACCAUGGAAAUGGCGGGACCAGUGCCCGAACUCCAGUCCGGGGGUCAUGAUGUGAACCUUCAACGUGACAGGGACCCUUUCCUCCCUGAAUUCGAGCGCUUGGGUACACAGAUCUUUCUGUACACCCCGCCAGUGCUGGACACGAAUGCCGUGCCGGCCGCCAAUGCAGAUUCGACGGAUUCCACACAUCCGCAUUUAUAUAUUGUCUGUUCCUGGAUGGGUGCCAGGUCGCGCAACAUCAAGAAGUACACGACGGCAAUCCAGACGCGGUUUCCAACUUCAAAGAUCCUUCUGCUUCGCCAGGACGGAAACGACCUCUUCUGGCGGCCCGUGAGUGUGCAGUUGAGGAAUCUAGCGCCAGCGGUAGAGACGGUGAGAAAUCUCGUUGAAAAGAGAAAGCCAGACCGUCUGCGCGUGCUGGUGCACAUCUUUUCCAAUGGAGGCUCCUACACAGUCUGCCAGUUCGCCGAUGCCUACCGAAAUACCACAGGUGAACUUCUGCCUGUCUCGGCACUGGUGUUGGACAGUACUCCCAGUUUCCCGAAUAUUGUCAGAACUCAUCAGGCGUUUAGCGAAUACCUCCCGAAAUCACCUCCUGUCUUUGCACUCCUGAGCGCUGCACUCUGGGCAUAUAUCGGCCUUGGGAAGCUGGUUGGCAAGCUAGCCGGAAGCGAGGAUAUCACUAUGUCGUUGCGAAGGAGACUCAACGACCCUAAUGGCGCUUUCACCCAGGGAAAGGUCAAGAGAGUAUAUAUCUACUCUCAGGCCGACAAACUGAUACCCGCUGCUGAUGUGGAAGCGCACGCGAAGGAGGCAAUGGCAGUUAUCGGUGCGGACCGGGUCAAACUUGAGGACUUCGUCACAAGCAGACAUGUUGCGCACGUUGUGCUAGAUGAGAAGAGAUAUUGGACGAUCGUGGAUGAUCUUUGGCAAGAGACAGUAUCCUCUUUGAGAGGUGAGUGAUCAAGAACUGGUGUGGGUACGGUGCAUGAUACGGGCAACGGAUCUAUUGCUUGACGCUCAGGAUAUAUAAAUCAGCUACCUGAAGUAAUUAUCACACCGAAUCAAACCGCUCUGUGUGCAAUUCCCAUCAGGUAUUGAGUGCCUCUGCUUACCUACCGAUAUGCUUGGUCAGUUCAAUUGGCAAUUGAGCAGAACCUAAUCGUCGGACAAACGGUUUGACCCGAUCAGGGAAAUGCAGGCAUCAGGGAAAUGCAGGCACGUCUUCUUGGAAGACCAGUGGCACCUCUGGACCUCUGCGCCGGCAUUGACUCCUGUCGGCGGCGAAUGUUUCCGGAUACUGAUACCUUGAUGGACUGAUCAAUAGGCACGGAUCUUUGGAAUUUCGAAACAGCCAAGUACUCAACACGCGUCGGGGAUUGAAAAAUCCCGCUUGGUGCAUCUGUUGGGCAGCAUUCCAAUACCCGUUUGACAGAAGCGGUGACAGAUAGACCAGGAUUGUGCCGUUGAUGCAAAGCAUGUAGCACAAGAACCUCGCACUGCAUAAGUCCAAAAAAGGAGAGUGUCCUUCCUGCCUUGAUAUAUUUCAUAUUUAUUUAUCUCCCGAGCCACUGGCGGAGCAGGCACUGG